AUGGCGUCUCUAAUUGUUCACCUGCUCCUGGUGGGGACUUGUGUAUUGGUUGUCGCGGGGACUAAUUUACUGGGGAAUGGUGACUUUGAGUCGGCUACCCUAGGUACCUACUGGAGUAAAUCGGGAUGUUCCUGGGCCAUUAGUACGACAGAGAAACGUGGAGGAGCGCAGAGUGUUCUCAUCACCUCAAGGUCCAAUAACUGGGCAGGACUUGGCUAUUUCAUCCAAACACCUGACGUCACUUCCGGUAAACUGUAUGCUUUCGUUGGAUACAUUAAGUUGGAGAACCUUGCGGCUGGCUUCCUGUAUCAUGAUGUAUUUGUGAAGUUACGGGUAGAAACACUCGACGGUAGCAAAAGUUACUCCAAUCUUAGCAUUCAUCCUCGUCUGCGACCAGGGUCCUGGCAUGAAGUGGGCGGGGACUUCAAACUCCCGGAAAAUGUUAAAGAAAUCAAAAUUUAUAUCCAGAUUGAGGAAAAAGAUGUGAAUUAUUUCUUCGAUGACGCAAGUCUCCUUGAACUUGUGCCGGACCCAAACUGGAAGUCUAAUGCUGAAUCGGACAUUGAUUUGAACCGUAUGGUUACAUUAAAUAUCAUUGUGCGAAAAGUCAAGGGGAUCAAGCUUAAACAAUUUACGAUAGAGGUAAUAACGUUCUGUUUUACGGUUGAGCAAAAACGGAGUGAAUUUGGACACGGUACAGCACUCCAGGCAAAGCUGUGGACCAACUCCAGCUACUCAGUCUUCAAAGAUUUCGUGCAUAAUACUCUCAGACCGGAGUGGGGUGUCCUGAUAAACGCUCUUAAGUGGAGGGGUAUGAGAUGGACCGAGGAUAACUUAAGAUUUGACGACGCAAACGCCACACUCAACGACCUGCUGGAUCACGGGAUGUCGAUUCGUGGACAUAACGUGUUCUGGAGCGUUGAACAAUGGGUUCCUGACUGGGUGCAGAGUAUAACAGAUCCUGCAGAGAUGUUGUCCAAAAUUAAUGGCAGAAUUAGUGAGGCUGUAACUCUCACCAAAGGGAGACUUGCGCAUUGGGAUGUAAACAAUGAGAAUCUUCACGAUGACUUCUACGAGAGGACGACGGGAAAUAUAAACAUCACCAUGGAUAUGUUCCGGGAUAUGAACGCAGCCGAACCAAACACAGAGCUCUUUCUCAACGACUUUGGUGUCGUCAAUCAAGGUAGAUACACAACGGCCUUAAAGGACCAGGCCAGGAGUUUUAUAGACAACCAAGUACCUAUUCAUGGUAUCGGAGUUCAGAGCCAUUUUGGAUCUACCGAUAUAGAUAUGACGCAACUCAAGUAUCGGUUGGACAAGGUGGCCGAGGCUGGUCUCCCUAUAUGGGUAACAGAGAUGUCCAUUCAGGGGUCAAACUUUACGGCAAAGGCGGAAGCCCUGGAGGAUGUGCUCACAAUGUACUUCAGUCACAGGAGUGUGGCAGGCGUGAUUCUCUGGGGAUUCUGGGGUGCUUCCCUCAAAUGGCCAACCAACGGUGGCACGGAACCAACGGUUGCUGUGAAUAAAGCAGGCCAAAAGUACAUGGAUCUUGUUAACACCGCCUGGAGAACUAACUGGUCAGCAAAGUUAAAAACCUACAAGAACAGGAGGUACUUCAAGGGGAAAUACACAAUCCAAGUCAAAAAGAAUGACGAAGUUCUCAAAACCAUCGAUUUCGACUUACUUAAACAACGAAAACUGAAAUUGAAAGUAAAAGGAACAGAUGACUCACCGAAGGUAACAGCAAAGCUCACCUGA